GCUCGGUUGUCGACUCGACUGAAAAGGUGGAGGGCCCGGGGACGCGAGGAGCCAAGGAGUCCUCCUCCGUGAAUGACUCGACGGAGGAAAACCGACCGGACGUCGCCGCGACUUUGACCGGCCUGUUCGCCGGACUUCCAACCUUGGCGGGUCCCCAACGACUCGCCAAUUCCCUCAGGCAGAGGUUUGCUAACCAUUCUGGUUACCCCCGGCCCGGCCUGAUGCGCAUCGACCCAAUCGCGACGAUCUCCUCGUCACGCUCGCUCGAUUGUAAGAAAACAAGCAAACAAACAAACAAGGUCUUCUUCUUCUUCUUCUUCUUACAUGCUGAUAGGGAUUAUUAGUUCCUCUCGUUAGUUUCAAGAAAUAAUUUCAAACGCAUAUGCACUACAAGAACCACCUUAAUCACCAACAAUUAUCACCACCACCACUACCAACACCAUUAUCAUCAUUAUCAUCAUCAUCAUCGGUACAACUACAACAGUAGCGAAAUUUAGUUUUGGAAUAAUUUGGAUUUGAAAAAAAAAAGAAAAAAAUAGAAGAACAAUGACGACGAUACCGAUAAUCAACAUGGAAGUUGGGGCCUUGAAAGAGAUCGUAUGGACGAAAUUACAAGAACCUAAAGCUCAACGUAAGCUGGUAUUGGUGAUCGUAUCGGUGGCAUUGUUGUUGGACAACAUGUUGUAUAUGGUGAUAGUACCGAUAAUACCGCAUUAUUUGAAAUACGUUGGUGCAUUUGGAAAUGAUGGUGAGGAAGGUAACGAAACGAGUAGUCCUGCAGUCCAUCACGGACAGGACUCGGCAACGGGAGUGUUGUUCGCGUCUAAAGCUAUUGUCCAGUUAAUGGUGAAUCCGUUUUCUGGUGCAUUGAUAGAUAAAAUCGGUUACGACAUACCAAUGAUGAUAGGAUUGUGUAUAAUGUUUUUGUCAACUGCCGUAUUCGCAUGCGGCAGGAGCUAUAGUGUAUUAUUUUUUGCACGAAGCUUACAAGGAGUUGGUUCGGCGUUCGCUGAUACGUCUGGUCUGGCUAUGAUUGCUGAUAGGUUUACAGAAGAAUCCGAACGUUCCAAGGCACUUGGAAUAGCUUUGGCAUUUAUAAGUUUUGGAUGUUUGGUAGCACCCCCCUUCGGUGGUGCAUUGUAUCAAUUUGCCGGUAAGGAAAUGCCAUUUUUGAUAUUGGCGUUCGUCAGUUUGGCCGAUGGUUUUAUGUUGUUGUUGGUAAUGAAACCGUUUAAGGAACAAUUGAAGGAUAGAAAUCGAGAACGUGAACCUACGAUACCGAUUUGGCGAUUAUUGAUGGAUCCUUAUAUCGCGGUUUGUGCUGGUGCUUUGAUGAUGUCUAACGUAGCUUUAGCCUUCUUGGAACCAACUAUCUCACUUUGGAUGGAAGAUCACAAUAUAACCCACGAUUAUUGGAAAAUGGGUAUGAUAUGGUUACCAGCAUUUUUCCCUCACGUUAUCGGCGUCAUUAUAACCGUCAAAAUGGCCAAACAGUAUCCUCAACAUACUUGGUUAAUGGCAGCCGGUGGUCUAGCUCUCGAAGGUCUCUGUUGUUUCAUCAUACCAUUCUCGAGCUCGUACAAGGCCCUAAUGAUACCUAUUUGUGGAAUUUGUUUUGGUAUUGCUCUAAUCGAUACUGCGUUGUUGCCGACCCUAGGAUAUCUCGUGGAUGUUAGAUAUGUGUCGGUUUACGGCAGCAUUUAUGCCAUCGCUGACAUUUCUUACAGCGUCGCGUAUGCGGUUGGUCCGAUAAUAGCUGGCGGUGUUGUUGAGGCUAUCGGUUUUACGGCGCUCAACAUUGGAAUAGCAUUUUCCAAUCUUCUUUACGCACCUGUACUCUAUUACCUCAGACAUAUCUACGAUUUUAAGCCAUUGCAAGACGAGGCUAACGUUCUCAUGCAAGAUCCACCUGACAAGGAAUAUCAAACUUACGCACUUCAAGAUCAAAGACCGAUACCAAAUGAACUUGGUAAUCAUUUGAAUCAAACCCGCAUGGAAACUAACAUCGAUCAAACUUAUGAUCCGAAUUAUCAGACUAUGCAAAAUACCGGAUACGAUCAGAGUACGGUAUACGGUCAAAACGUUGCCGUAACGGGUUAUAAUCAAACCGGUGGUUAUGAACAACAACCACCACCUAUUUAUGGACAACAACAGCCGCAAGGACCCUUAAAUUAUGCUCAACCAGUUGGAUAUGUCCAACCACAACCACUGCAACAAUCCCAACCAUCGUUACAACAACAACAACAACCUUAUAUACAACAGGAUGUACAAGAACAACGGGGAUCUCAAAUGGAUGUUAAUCCGUUUAGAAGAGCUCCACCUGAUGUUGAACAACAAAGACCGUCAAGUGACAGCAAUCCUUUUAGGCAAGGAUUGUUCUAGUCAUCCACAUACUUUAACAAAAUUAACAACAACGUGAGGAGAAUUUAAACAAAUACAGGAUAUCAAAUAUUAUAUUAUAUCGAUAAUCCUAAUCGACAUCGAGUUUUCGAGAUUAGUCUUCGAAAGAUAGGCUUCCAGUUAUAAACAAAGAAGAUUAAGGUGAAGAUGAAGAAGAAGAAAAAAAAUAUGAUGGGACGACUCUUCAUUUUGCAAUCGAUUCAACCCCAUUGGUGUAUACUAAAAGUAUAAUUCUUUCUUUUUUAUUUCUUUUUAAUUUUUUUUUCAAUGCUUCAUAUAAUUAAUUCUAUUCCUCGAUAAAAGAAGAAAAUGCUACAACAUACAAGUACACGUUUACACAUAUAUACACAUACACACACACAACGAAUCUCUCAAACAGUAAUCGCACAAUUUAAAAUAUAUUAUAAUAUGACAAUUGAAUGUUUUAACAACAGUUUGGCAACAUUACAACAAGAAUUGUAAUCAAGCAACUGAAGAAAAUAAUGAGACAAAAAUACACACAUACACAUACACACAAAACGAAUCUCUCAAACAUUGAUAAGAAAAAUAUAUUACAAGGAUUUAAGUGUUUUCAAGAUAAAACAAAAAAAUCUAAUGAAACCGUUGAAAAAAAUAAAGAGAAAAAUAAUCAUAUUAUAACAAUUCUGCUUAUCUAAUCAAUUAUCUAAUAUAAAUAUUUGAAUCUAAAAUAAAAUAUUAAAAAUAAUACUUCAACCUUUGCAACAAAAUAUCUUCCGCCCCUAAUCCUGAAUCGUCCGUCAAAAAAAGAAAAUCCCCUUCCCCAAAAAGAAAUAAAACAAAAAAAAAUGAAAUUAACAAAAAGAAAAAGUAAUAUAAAUUACGAGAUAUGUGUGCCAGAUUAAAAAACAAAGAGAAAACAAAGAAAAAAGAGAGAAAGAUAAGGGUAAACGUACCCCGUUACGUUUCCACCAUUAAAAAAAGGCACCAAAAAAAAAUUACGUAAAAAAUACGAGAAAUGUUAGAUUAACGUUCCUGUGAGUGUUAUUUAAACUAACAACCAAACCCAUUACUACAACAACAGCAACAACAACAACGACAACAAUGCCACCACCAUUAUACCACCAUAAUCAUUAUCAUCAUUAUCAUAAUUAUCAUUAGUACCAUCUACGAUCACCAAGGAACCAAAUAAUGUAUUAUGAAGAAGGAUUAACAAAGAUAUUAAUAAUAAUAAUUAAAAAAUAAAAAAAAAUAAAGGAAGAAAAAUAAAACAAAAAAAUACAAAAAAAAUAUAUAAAGAAAAGAGACAAAAUUGUUCGAAGAAAAAAGUUGGUGCUAAGAAUCGCGUUAUAAAUAAUCGAGGAAACAAGUAUAUAGUAAAUUACGUAGAAAAUGAAAGAUAGUAUGCGAGCAUGAACGAAAAAACGCGAGAGAGAGAGAGAGAGAGAGAGAGAGAAUGAUA